AUGACUGAUAUUGCACUGGACAGAUCAGUUUCGGAUCAAGAGCCCCGGCUCGAUUCCAGGGAGUCGUCCACCGUGAUGGAGCUGCUUGAGUAUGUGGCAAAUCAAGUGAACCACAAUGAUUUCAGUUUGGAAAAAGCAAAGUCACAACUGCGAGAAAUCGCCGAGAAAAUGGUGAACGAGAUCAUUGAGCGGAGCGAGGAGCAUCUUGAGGAAUUUCUGAGCAUAAUCCAGAACGAACAAACUGUGUUGAACGAGCACAGGCCGACUACAACCUCAUCACUAUCAUCGAACCAGUUCUCUGGAUCUGCAAGCCGACCAAGCACCAGACUGACCGAGGACACAGUGCAAAGUUUGGCAGCCAUAUUCCUGGACGAUCUGACAGAUAGUGUGGUGAUGCACCUAGAAGAUAUUCUGGAUGAACAAUUGAUACAGGUUGUGGGUAUCAGUGAAGAUAAACCGGAUAGUUUCCCCGAACGAACGGAAUAA